GUUAUUGGUAUGGAGUAUCACCGGAUUUGCCGAUGACCAUCCUCUUUUAGGAACCUGGCUGACCACCUCCCAACCACGUUUUUUCCAUCACAAGGCUCGAACCCGAGACUUGCUAUUAUUAUUAUUAUUAUUUUCCUUUGGAGAUGAGGGGUUUGGCCCCACAUGCAUUGCUUUGUAGACCUGUUUUGUGUUGAUCAUUAUGGUUUUGCCUUUGAUGAUUAUUUGACUCAAAAUUGGCACGGUUGAAUUUUCUGGUAAGAAAGAAUAUAGGGGUGGUACUACUUGAUGGUAGUAUUAAUCGAUUAAUUAAUUUAAAAUCAAUGUGUUUCUGUUUAUGGAAACACGUGCAGACUGCAGAGUACAAACCGACAAUGUUGGUGGUUUUUCACUUGGUAGUGAGUUCUGUGACGUAAAGUUUUUUUUUUCUUUUUUACUAUUAAAAGUGUUUGCAAGAGUUAUGCUUCUAUAAGAGGUUGUAGAACCCGUUUUGAUAAUAGUAUAAUUCCCACCUAAAACCUGGAACUUGGGGUUAUUGGCAGUGUUAGUUUGCUUCCUUUCUGAACCUCUAUUUUGGGUGUAGUUGGGUGGCUGGAGAUAAUUCGAUUCAGUGGUUGAGCGGGGAGAAUGGGAAUAAGUGCAUUUCACUAUUGUGUAAUAAACACUUGGUAGACCAAGAUAAUCAAAGAGUGUGCAAGCUUCUGCUUCAAUUGGAGUUGGAAUGAUGCCUGUGUGUUAAGUAGUUAAUAAGCUACCAAAAUGAUUACCUGAGAAAUCAAAGUGGGGGCCUACCUUUAGGUUGAAGCCUGAGUGGUUAGAAAGACUCCAUAGGUGGUGAAAUGUGAAGUGGCUUCAUAUCAUCGUGUGAUGUUGUGCCUCAAAAAGUUAAUAGUUAUCUGGAAGGGUAAUAUUUUCACCUCUUUGGAUGUUCCAUGGUGUUGUGGCUCGAGGAAGGUUUUCAUUACCUGCGCCAUCUGCUCCACGUAAUCGAAAUUGGGCACCAUGCCAUGCCGUCAUUGCAACACCAUUGCUUAUUGCAUUUGAAUUGCUCCUUUGUAUAUACCUUGAGAGCUUAUAUGAUCUUGGCUAUGCUGCAGUUGAUCUAAAGAUAGUGUUUCUUCCCUUACUAACAUUUGAAAUCAUUAUUCUCAUUGACAAUUUCAGGAUGUGUAAGGCUCUAAUGCCAGGGGAUGAAGAAAAUAUGAGUGAUGAGGCUAUAUGGGAAACUCUCCCUCAUUUUUGGGUUGCUAUCUCUAUGGUGUUCUUCAUUGCUGCUACAGUCUUCACACUCCUAAAACUUAGUGGUGAUGUAGGUGCUCUGGGCUGGUGGGACUUGUUUAUUAAUUUUGCUAUUGCCGAGUGCUUUGCUUUCCUUGUAUGUACAAAGUGGUCCAAUCCAGUCAUUCAUAGAAAUUCAAGAGAAGCCAGUAGUUCAUCUUCAACUACGAUUACAUAUCUUGACUGGAACAGUGGUUUAGUGGUUUCUACAGACGAAAAUCAACACCAGGGGAGAAUGUGUAGCCUUCAAGACAUAGGAGGUCAUUUCAUGAAAGUACCAAUUAUUGUAUUCCAGGUUCUUCUUUGUAUGCAUCUAGAGGGAACACCUGCUUGUGCUGUACAUAUACCUCUUCCAGUUAUUUUCUCUCCCCUUUUCCUACUGCAAGGAGCUGGGGUAAUGUUAUCUGCAUCUAAAUUAGGGGAGAAACUUGUGCUUCUGCUACGAAGUGGAGCUGGUGGAGGAAUAUAUUUUAGAUUUUCUUCAAGAGCUCAUGAUUGCUUGGGGUUCUUGCAUCAUGGUUCUAGAUUAUUAGGUUGGUGGUCAAUUGAUGAAGGGAGUCGGGAAGAACAAGCACGACUAUACCAUGAGGGAGCAAUUGGGUAUAAUACAUUUUGUGGUUAUCCUCCUGAGAUUGUUAAGAAAAUGCCAAAAAAGGAACUUGCUGAGGAGGUUUGGAGACUCCAGGCAGCUCUUGGCGAACAAACUGAAAUUACAAAGUUCAGCCAACAGGAGUAUGAAAGACUUCAAAAUGAGAAAGUGUUAUGCAGAGUUUGUUUCGAGGGAGAGAUUAACGUUGUACUGCUCCCAUGUAGGCAUCGUGUUCUUUGCAGCACUUGCUCAGAGAAGUGUAAGAAGUGCCCGAUUUGCCGUGACUCCAUUGCUGAGCGUCUGCCUGUAUAUGAUGUUUAGAUGUUAACUUGGUCAACUUUUUUCGUGUUAAAAGAUCAUAGAAGAAAGGGACUAGACAACAUGUUUUAACAGGGUGAAUAUACUUAGUACAGUGUUGGCAGUGACAUUAAUUCGACACCAACUUGACUGUCUAAUACAGCAUCAAAGGAUAGGAAGAAAAAUAGAGCAUCCACUUGAUAUACUUUGGAUUUUGAGUUUGAUUUGUUUUGUUUUGCAUUCAGUCUCUUCUGUAAUUUGUAUAUAUAUACUAUCUUUUUACAGGCUCUACAAUUGAGUGAUGAGUGUUGAAUUAUAUUCUCUUUUCGGUUCCUUGGUCAA